UAUUUGUAUUAAGUAGUGGUGUGUCAAUAAAUAUUAUUUUUUGUACUAUCUCAUUUCUACCUUACUGCCUAAUUUUUCAUAGUAAAUUUACUAUCACUCUUCAACAUUUAUCUGCUUAAAUGAUCGAAUAAUCAUUAAAUAAAUGACUUAGAGCACUAAGUUGUUGUAACAUUAUACAUACGAUUUUUUAUUUUUAUCCUUAGAUAUAUUUUUUGUACGGAUAUAGGAUAAAUUAGUUUUAUCAAGUAUUCUUGUAAGUUUUUACGACGUGAUCUAUUUGUUUACAUAGGAGCAUAACUUAAUAAUUUUGGAUACACUUAUAAAUCUGUAGAUUUUAUGCGAAUAAUCAAAGUUUUUAAUUGAAAAAUUUAUAACAAUCAGCCAUCUAUCGCAAGUAUGAAUGCCGGCGUUGAAAUUGUAGUAACUGAAAAAUCAGGUGAAAAACGAUUAGUAACAGUACAAGGAGCAAAUAUUAUAGAAAAUAGUGAUGAUCGAAGAAUACACGAAAAUAUUGGUUAUGGUAUAUUUGUUCAAGGUUUAAAUGGAGAUUUGGCUCAUUUAUUAUUGGACCAAGAAGAUGUGAGUGCUUUAACUGUUGAAAGUUUAGCAAAACUAAUAAAUGCUCAAGAAUCAAUUAAUGUAUCUGGACAAAUCCAGAUAAAUAAUUUAAAAAUUGAGAAUGUGGACUUAUCCAACCACUCUGAACAAGCAACAGAAAUUUAUAUUUCAAAUGAUAAAAAUACUAUUGAAAUCAAUAUGGCUAAUGAAGCUGUUGCUAACUGUCAAAGUCUCAUGCAACCAGAUCCAUUAAAUGAGCUACAAUGUCAGAAAUGUGGUAAACAUUUUGCUGAUAUUAAUAAUUUAAAAUCUCAUGAGUUAACCCAUGAAGAGGAAUCAUUAGUAGAAUGCAAAUAUUUGUGUACGGUAUGUGGUGAAAAAUUUGAUAAAUCUAAUGCCUUAAGUGCACAUUUGGUUGUUCAUCGUGAUCUCAAGUUACACCAUUGUGAAAUUUGUGAUUUAGUUUUUUCUAAUGAAUUAUCUUUAAAAGAGCACGCAUUAAGUCAUGGAAGUCAAAAAUUGUACUGCUGUCAAAAGUGUGAUAAAAAGUUUCCUUCUAGCUAUAGAUUAUUUCGUCAUAUGAAUAUCCAUACAGAAAAUCCUCCAUUUAUUUGUGAUCAAUGUGGAAUUACUGUUGCAAAUAAAAGCGACUUAAAACUUCAUGUUAUGAAACAUACUGGUGGUGCUGUUUAUACGUGUUCUGAAUGUGAUAAGAGUUUUCUUAAGCCUUCUUGUCUACAACGGCAUUCAAAUGUUCAUUCUAAUGAUAUGCAUUGUAAAAUUUGUAACAUAACUUUCAGCUAUUCUAGUGCUAAUUUGUGUUCUCAUCUGUUAUCAAAUCCUAAAACAAAGUCUCACCAAUGUACUAUGUGUGAUAAAUCUUUUCGGCGACCUUCUGAUUUAGAACGUCAUAUGAUGAUUCAUACUGGAGAACGUCCAUUUGUGUGUCAAGUGUGUUCUAUGUCAUUUAUUACUAAUUACAAUUUAAAAGUUCAUUCAAUGAUACAUAAUGGAGGAUUGCCUUAUCCUUGUUCAUCAUGUGAUAAAGCAUUUAGUAAACCAUCAGAACUACAAAGACAUAAGUUAGUACAUUCAAGGGAAAAACCAUUUUCUUGUUCUAAAUGUGAAGCAACCUUCACAAAUCAAAGUAAUUUAAAAGCUCAUAUGAUAACACAUACUGGUCGUAAACCAUUUCCUUGUCGUAUUUGUAAUAAAGGAUUUACAAGACCAUCUGAUGUAAAACGUCACAUGUUAACUCACACAGGAUGUCGUCCAUUUGCUUGUGAUGUUUGUGGCUUAGCAUUUGCAGACUCCUCUAAUUUAAAGAAACAUUCUUUAACUCAUUCUAAAGAUGAUCAGAAAAUUACAUUACAGCAUCAAUGCCAGUCAUGUGGUUCAUCAUUUUAUUCAUAUGAACAACUUAAUGAACAUAUCAUUUCUGGAAACUGCAAUUCAAACAAUACAGGAACAGUUGAACCAAAAUAUUCUUGUAAAGAAUGUGGUGCUUCCUUUAACCAUGCUUUACAUUUACAAGAACAUGCUGUUAUGCAUUCGAAUCAUAGAUCUAUUCAUAAAUGUGACAUAUGUAAUAAAACUUUUAUUCAAGAAUCUUUUUUGCUUGCACAUAAAGCAUCACAUACAGAAUCCAGGCCACAUAGGUGUGAUAUUUGCCUAAAGAGAUUUAAAAGCUCAUCACAUCUUAAGAAUCAUGUGAUGAUACAUUCAGGUGUGAAACCAUUUGAAUGCACUGUGUGUAACAAGUCAUUUUUAAAAUUGGCAUCUCUUAGACGACAUUAUGCUACUCAUGAUCGUAUGAAUUUUUCAUCAGCUGUCUGUCACCAAUGCGGUAAAUCAUUUUUGAACCAAGAAUAUUUAAAAAAACAUAGUGUUGUUCAUGCUGAUACAUAAUGACAUUUUAUUGUUAGUCUUAUUCAGUACAUUUCUAACUUGUUAUUUGAUUUUAAUUGACUGUUACCUUACAUAAUUGGACACCAAUAUUUUAACAGUUAUUAAUUUAGGUAUUCUAUUUUGUGUUACAAAUAUAGUGAAUUUAGUGCAAAUUUUUUUCAAUUAAUUUUAUUGUAUCAUGGUUCACAAAUACUUAUUUAGUUUUUAGUAUGUUAGUUAUAUAAGGAAAAAUUUGUAUCAAAUGUACACCAAUAAUCAUAGGAUUGUUAUUAUAUACUGUACUGUGAUAGCAAUUUAACAAUGGUUUUCAAUAUACAUUAAUUAAAAACAUUUAUUCUUUUAUGUUUUGUUUUUAGUAUAUAGAACUAUAUCAUACAUUUAUUUGUUUUUUCUAACAAAAAGAUCAUUUUUAAAAAUUACAU